AUGUCUAAUCUUGUUAAUGGUAGUCGUUUAGGUGAGUCCCCCUUCCAAAGAGGUAACAGACAGGGUGGCCCUUUAUCUCCUUUCCUCUUUCUCAUUGAUUUUCAAGGGUUUAAUUGUCUUAUGAAUAAGGCGAUCUCUCUUAAUCUCUUCGAGAGAGUCGCCAUUGGACAUGACAAAGUGCUGGUUAACCAUUUGCAAUUUGCAGAUGACACAGUGAUAAUUAGCGAAGCCUCAAUUACUAAUGUUAUGCUAAUCAAAGGCAUCCUUAGGCUUUUUGAAAUCUCUUAUAGCCUCCGAGUGAAUUUCUCUAAGAGUUAUAUCCAUGGUAAUAUUGGUAACCCAAAGCUUGCAGGUCUAGCUGAAAUUAUUGGGUGUAAAAUUGGAAGCUACUACAACAAAAAUGCUGAUAGAAAUCGGUUAAAAACCGUUAAUAUCACUGAAAUUGUUGAUGUUCAUCUAAUAGAUUAUCUCUUCUGUGCCUAA